AUGACAAUAUUGAAGGGUAAAGGCUCGAAGAGCCACAAAAGACAUGGCCAUUCUACCUCGCGCAUUCCUAUGGCAGAUGUCGAUCAAGGUUCAUCUAUUGAACUGCGAACUGUCGACAAUUACCAAGCUGACGAAGAAAUCAAAUCAUCUUUUAAAUCUUUAUUCACAUUCACAACAAAGAAGCACACAUUCAACAUAGUUGUAUGUAUUAUUUUCGCGGUUGUGAGCGGUGUUUUGAAACCGAUAUCAGCAAUCUUCUAUGGAAAUAUCUUUAGUGCUCUUACUCAAUUUGGAAGCGAUAAAAUCACAGCACAAGAGACCUUACAUCGAGUCUCGAAAUGGUGCAUAGCUAUAUCCGUACUCGGCGGCGCGGUAUGGUUAUUUGAGGGACUUUUUCUGUGCUCGUGGAUGAUAUUCGGAGAACUUCAAGCGAGAAGCGUCCGCGAGAAAAUGUUUGCUGGUAUGUUGGAGAAGGACUUGGAGUGGUUUGAUUUACGUAAAGAUGGUAUCGGAUCGUUAUUGAUUCGAAUUGAAACGUAAAUACAUCGAUUCUCUAACAAGACAAAUACUAAUUUGGAACAGUCAAAUUCGAGAGCUUCAAUUAUCUACAUCUCAACCUCUUGGAUUUCUCUUGUUCGAGACAGCAAGCGCCACCGCAGCGCUUGGAACCGCUUUCUAUUACUCAUGGAAUCUAACGCUUGUAAUCAUAGCGACGUUUCCUAUCGCUGGUGGAAUACUCUAUCUCAUCUCCAGGAAGAUGGGCCCUGCCAUCGAAGCGCAAAAAAGAGAACUGUCGCAGGCAUCAAAAUUCACUAAUACUGCCAUCACAGCUAUCGACACAGUCAAAUCAUUCAAUGGACAAGACCAGGAAGUAUGGCAAUAUUUUCUGGCAAUCAAAAGAUCUACCGUUUAUUACUUGAUUCAAGCCAGGUCAAAUGCGAUUCAGUUUGGAAUUACGAAGUUUGUCAUGAUAGUAAUUUUUGUACAAGGUUUUGGGUAUGGUUUUACUUUAGUCGACGAUGGGCUUGAUGCUGGAAAAGUUCUUACGAUAUUCUAUUCUUGUCUGACUGGGAUGAUGGCUAUAGAAGUUAUUCUACCACAAUGGCUUGUCCUGGCAAAAGGGAUGUCUGCGGGUGCCACUCUCAAGUCUAUUAUGAACCAAGUGGAUCGAGGAGGAAGUGCAAAACAAACAGAAGAAUUAAAAACACCGAGACUUUGUAGUGGUGAUAUCGAAGUCAAAGAUGUGAGUUAAAGUAGCCGCGAUCAGUUGUCACAGCUAACCAAAGCAAGGUUACUUUUGCAUAUCCUUCGAAUCGACAACAAAAUGCCCUUACCCAAACGAAUUUUUUCUUUCCCGCAGGGGAAACUACGUUUGUAGUUGGCAAAAGUGGUUCCGGCAAAAGUACAUUGGGAAACUUGUUGCUCAAAUUCUAUGAGGCUGAUGAAGGCAGUAUCUUGAUAGAUGGCCAUCGUAUACAGGAUCUCGAUACUGAUUGGUUGAGGCACAAUAUCACACUUGUUCUACAGCAAAGUGUCGUUUUCAAUGAAACAAUUAGGAAGAACAUAGAAUUCGGUAAGGAAGGAGCAACCAAUGAAGCCGAUAUCAUGAAUGCCUGUUCUGCAGCUAGUUUAGACCAAGUAAUUGCUGAUCUUCCUGAUGGUCUUGAUACUAUGAUCGGUUCGAAAGAGAGACAAUUGAGUGGUGGGCAAAAACAGCGUGUCGCACUGGCUAGAGCCAGACUGCGUGAUGCACCAAUCCUAAUUCUGGACGAAGGAACAAGCGCCCUUGAUCUUACCAACAGACUCAAGAUUAUGGAUAAUAUUCGAGAAUGGCGGAGAGGGAAAACGACAAUCAUUGUGACUCAUGACAUCUCACAAAUUUUGGACGAUGACUAUGUUUACGUUAUGGAACAAAGUAGGGUUGUACAGGAAGGAUAUCGACGAAAGCUUUCUGCCAAAGCCAAUGGUACCUUUGCAACUUUUUCGCCACUUCCUGAACCGCCUUGGGAACAACCCAUAGACUUGUCUGACAUGAGGAGGAAUUCGGACCCUGGAACGCCACUAUCUGGGGGUUUUGAAGAAUUUGUUCAAGAAUUGACACCUCGUUUGUCCACCAUGUCUACACUAUACGGUCCAAAUGCGGGAAAUCAUCGCUCUGUGGAUAUGUCAAACAGGCGAUUGUCUCUCGGAUAUGCUUCGAUAUCCUAUGUUAAUGACUUGCGCUCCAAAAAUACUUGGGGAUCAAGAGUGGAUAGACCGCGUUCAAGAUUCGAUGACUUUCAGACAUCUACCUCCAGGUUUCAAAAAUUUGAAGCGCCAGGUAAUACGUCGCCUAUAUAUUCUACAGCCCCGCCAAGAUAUCAAGAGUCGAGGUUCGACUCCAUCUUAGAACAUCCCACCGGGGAAGAAAAAUUCAAGAGGCAAUCCUCAAUUCAACGGUCCAUCAGCUUAGCAUCAGGCAAAACGAAUCGGGACUCUCAAAUCACCACAAUGGAUUCUCUACUGGAAUGUUCCAACGACUCCGCGGAAAACACCGACGAGCCUAAACAAAACGGAGAAACGAAGCAUAUCAAGCCUGAUUCUUUGACCAAAAUAUUGAAGACUGUUUGGCCAAUGCUUAAUAAAAGGGAACGUGUAACCAUAUUGGGUGGAUUCAUCACGGCAUUCAUCGUGGCUGCAUCAACACCAGCAUUCGCGAUCCUAUACACCAACCUUCUCAACACAUUUUACCAAACGGAGAAUCGGAGCUCAAACGCUCUAAAAUGGUCACUUGCUCUGGUCGGAGUUGCAAUAACUGAUGGUGUGGCACGCUUUUGCUCGCAUUAUGCCCUAGAACGUGCCGGACAAGCCUGGGUGAGUGCUCUACGAGUAGAAGCAUUGAAGAAAAUCCUUGCUCAACCAAAAUCCUGGUUCGAAGAGUCCAGAAAUACUCCAGGUCGACUAAACGAAAUUUUGGACAGGAAUUCUGAGGAAAUGCGCAACCUUGUCGGUCGCUUUGCUGGCAUCGUUUUUACUGCACUUUUUAUGCUAUUGAUUUCAAUUAUAUGGGCAUUCGUGAAUACUUGGAAACUUACACUAGUUUCUAUGGCUUGUGGACCUGUUAUAUUCGCUGUCACCAAAACCUUCAAUCGAGUGAGUGGAAAAUGGGAAAACAAGUGCAACUACGCAUCAGAAAUGACCACUGGAAUAUUUUCGGAAACUUUCUCCAACAUUAGAGUCGUACGAGCAUUUACUCUAGAAACAUAUUUCCAAUCCAAGCACACUAAAUCUACCGAGGAGCUAUAUAAAGUUGGACUGAUACGAGCGAACUACUCCGGAUUGCUUUGGGGACUGACGGAUGCAAUGUCCUUCUUCAUCACUGCCACAAUAUUCUACUAUGCUACUGUCCUCAUCACCAAAAGGGAGAUUAGUAUUGCCACUGCACUCCAGACGGUUAAUCUUUUACUUUUCGGCAUUUCUAACAGUACCAGCAUGCUGGCCAUGAUACCACAAAUCAAUUCUUCUCGUGUUACAGCUACACAGAUGCUCGAAUUGGCUAAUCUCGAUUCAUCUUCUUCUCACGAAAAUAAAGGAACUGAACGACUUUCAACCAUCUUUCCGAUUAAUUUCAACCGCCUUUCAUUCACAUAUCCCGCUCGUCCCGAAACACGAACCCUGUCAUCUAUUUCUCUGUCCAUCGGCCCCAAUUCAACAACCGCACUUGUCGGACCAUCUGGCUCUGGAAAAUCCACAGUAGCUGGUCUACUAAUUGGUCUCUAUCCGCCUGAUCCUUCAAUACCCCCACCAUUAACAUUCAACCGUAUCCCAAUCACGGAUUGUCAUAUUCCAUCUCUCCGAGCUUUCAUCUCUCUCGUUCCACAAACACCAAUUCUCUUUCCAGCCACAAUACUUCACAAUAUCAUCUAUGGUCUCCCAGAAUCUUCCUCUUGUGCUAAUCUUCCAUCAGCUAUUGCAGCUGCAAAAGACGCUGGAGUCCACGAAUUUAUUAUUUCGCUUCCUCAAAGUUAUAAUACACUAGUAGGAGAUGGAGGACAGGAACUAUCAGGUGGGCAAGCGCAGAGGAUUGUAAUAGCGAGAGCGCUGGUCAGAAAACCAAAGUUGCUGAUUUUGGAUGAAGCGACUAGUGGGUUGGACGGUGGUAGUGCAGAGGUGAUAAGGGAGACGGUACAGAGAUUGAAGAAGAGAGAAGGAAUGGCUACGGUUGUUGUUAGUCAUACGGUUGGGAUGAUGAAGAUGGCUAGACGUGUUGUGGUUAUGGAAGAGGGAAAGAUUGUUGAUAGUGGUGGUUUUGAGGAGUUGAAGAAUAAAGUUGGUGGGAAGUUCGGGGCGUUGGUUGGUGAUGAACCGGGGAACAGUCCGAUGGUUCAAGAAGAUAAUGAUGUCGGGGAGGGUAGUAGCAAUGCUCCUAGUGGUGCUGAUGUGCACAAAACCCCUUAACGCCGCCUCUCGUCAGUUCCCGGCCUAACCAUGUGAGAAGCGCACAUAUGACUUAUCGCUUUUUUCUGCUCUCUCUUGACUAGGUUGCAUUUUAUGUUGGUGUUCUUCCUUAAUGGAAAUUGAACGAAUUCCAUAUUUUUUGGCAUGUACAACUGUACACGACAUACCAGUGCACGCACAUUUUGAGAGAGGGAGUAGAGUUUUAUUUGCUAAAUCCAGGAGUCAGCAAGUGUCUAUCAAGGAAUGAUGUUGGAGGAAAGCAAAUGGAAAUUAGUCGGGGGAAAGAGGAUCAAGUAUCGAGAAUGAAUUAUUUAAUAAACCCAUGAAGCAUAAAUGACAUUCAGGAAGUGAGGCCUCUGCAGUGGGACUCACAAAUAAUUCUGCUGAUAAUAAGGUCCUG